AUGGAAUUUAUACCGGACGGAAGGCAGAAUACAUCGACGACGCUACACAAGAUCCGAGGAUGGGUCUUCUUACUCGUUUGCUUCGUGCUUCAAUUGUUGAUCGAAGGAGUGCUAAACUCGUACGGCCUCUUUCAAAACGAAUGGAUCAAGGAAUUUCCCGACGACAUGGCAACGUCGUUGCCAGGCCACGAGCAGCGGGUGGCCUCGGUCAUGUACGCGGCGCUCUUGGCCAGCGGCUGCAUCGCCUACCCGUUCUCGUGCUUGCUCGUCAAGGGACUCGGCUGUCGGCAGGUGGUCGUGUCGGGGCUGGGCGCCAUGCUCGCCUCGGGCAGCCUCCUCUGCGCCACCCGGGCCACGAGUCUCCAGUGGGUCUGUCAGACGGCGGGCGGGGCCACCGGCCUCGGGCUGGGCCUCGUCUAUCACUCGGUGCAGGUCUCGCUGUACCAGCUGAUCAGCCGGGAGAGCUACCUGCGGCCCCGAGUCGUGCUGGCGAUGGGCCUGUGCGCCAAGGGCUUGGGCACGGCUAUGGUAGCCCCGCUGCUCGACCAACUGCUUCGGGGCUACGGCGAUUAUCGCCCAGUCAUGAUCUGCCUGGCGUGCUUGCUAAUGUGCUGCACCUCCGCCUACGGGUGUAUCUAUUUCAAGCCCCAGGGCGGCCGGCAACCAGGAACCUACGAGCCCAAGUUGUUCCACCGCGACAGUAUCGUGCAGUUGCUGCACGAGGAUCAGGACAACGUGGACGCGAACAACAACAACGGCCCACCCCCGUCUCCCGAGUACAGCGUAAAGAACAUCGCCAUCACGUGGAUCUUCUCUUGUUCGAGGUUCCUCGCCAUCAGCGGCUAUCUCGUGCCCUUCCUCUUCAUCGAGAGGCUGGCAGCGGAUCGAGGCAUGCCGGGCCAAGGUUACGUCUUCCUCAUGGUCAUCGGUAUAGCCGAUUGCUUCGGUCGCCUGCUGGCCAGCUGCUACCUGCCUAGGCGCCCGAGGAACAACCCCUACUGCACCCUCCUCGUCUACAGCGGCUUCUUGAUCGUCUGCGGUAUCGCAUUAUUUACAGUCACAUCAGUCAGCCAUACCUACGUAGCCGGAAACUUCCUCGUGAUGGCGGCUUACGCGGCCGCCUUCGGCUUCACCGGCGGCUGCUUCCUCGUCCUGAGCCACUUCUGUCUGGCGGAUCAUCUCCAGGGAGGUUAUUCGACUCGAUCCCGCGACCAGACCCUCAUGUGUCUGCCGUGGGUGAUGCAGACGGCUGCUUCGCUGUUCGGCCCGCUCAACGCCGGUUACCUCGUCGACGAGUUCUGCGCGGACAUGGCCUUCCGCGCGGCCGGUGCGAUGCUCCUCUUGGCCGGCUCGAUGCUGCCCCCGAUGUCGCUGCUCGCACGGAGAUGGAGCUGCGCGAAGGCGACUGAUACGAAGCGCGAUGUCGACGUUCUUGUCUUGGGAUCGUCGAGGAUCGUGAUCGAUUAUACUCAUUGUAGACAGCUGCGAACUGUGCACCCAUCGAUUCAGGGAACACCUUGUACUACGUGUAAUAAAUCUUGUCCGUCGUGUAAUAAAGCAGAGAAUUCUGAAUAUGCUCGCCUGUAA